CAAAAUUAAAGGAAACAGUCAUUAGAUCAGCUUCUUCUUCACCCGGUUGUUCACAAAGUUCGCAGUGGAUUUGUGCUUCCUUAAGUCCAGAGAAGAUCUCCUGAAGCUCUGCCUGGUUGCCUGACACCCCUCUCUGACCCCCCCCCAAAAAAGAAAGAAAAGAAGACCAGAAGAAGACAACAUAUAAAAACAUUUCCCUUCUUUCGUUCUAUUUCUCUCUUCUCCUCCCCCCCCCACCCCCCCACCCGGCUCUCUAUCUUUCUUCUUUCUCAGCAGUGGAGUUUGUCCUGACAGUGUCCAAAGUGGUUAAGAAGAUAAACAUCAUGAUCUGCUAGCGACACCCAGAACAACAUGGACAGGCAAUAACACAGAGUAACAUCAGCGGUAUGUACUGCAUGCACAGGAGGAGCGUUGGCCGUUAUGACAAGCUCAUGAUGACCACCUUUUCUGCGACUGAUAUUGCUGAUGUUGGUCAUGGGGCGAAUCUGGGGUGUGUCACCGAGGAGGGCUCAGUGAGUACAACAGAAGUGAAACAUGAGUUACACACUUCUCCCAGUCAACCUGUUUCAUACACCAGUUCUCCUAAAGAGCUGAGCGACACACUGCCCAUGGACCCCAGCGACGUCAAACUGGAUCCCUCUGCAGACACACCUGCACCAGAGGGCCAGCCAGUGAAGAGGAAGAAAGGUCCAGCCCCCAAGAUGCUGGGGAACGAGGUGUGUAGUGUGUGUGGAGACAAGGCCUCUGGUUUCCACUACAAUGUUCUAAGCUGCGAGGGCUGCAAGGGCUUCUUCAGGCGCAGCGUGAUCAAAGGAGCGCAGUAUGUUUGCAAGAACUCGGGUCGCUGUGAGAUGGACAUGUACAUGCGUCGAAAGUGUCAGCAGUGUCGGCUGCGCAAGUGUCGGGAGGCGGGCAUGCUGGAGCAGUGUGUGCUUUCAGAGGAGCAGAUUCGAUUGAAGAAAAUGAAGAAGCAGCAUGAGGACGAGGCAGGUCGAAGCUCAACCGUAGCUGCACCGAGCCCAGCGGCUGACAUUCCCCCUUUGGCUCCAGAACAGCAGGAAAUGAUAGAGAAGUUAGUCGCCAUGCAGAAACAGUCCAACAAACGCUCCUUCAUCGACCGGCGCAAAGUCACUCCGUGGCCACAGAGUCAGGACCCGAUGAACCGGGAGGUACGGCAGCAGCGCUUUGCUCACUUCACCGAGCUGGCAAUCAUGUCCGUGCAGGAGAUUGUGGACUUUGCUAAACAGCUGCCUGGUUUCCUGGAGCUCACCCGUGAGGACCAGAUUGCCCUGCUCAAGACAUCCACCAUCGAGAUAAUGCUGCUAGAGACGUCUCGCCGCUACAAUCCAGCGAUCGAGAGCAUCACUUUCCUCACGCCAGACUUCAGCUACAACAAGGAGGACUUUGCCAAAGCAGGGCUGCAGAUCGAGUUCAUUAACCCCAUCUUCGAGUUCUCCAAGGGCAUGAACGACUUGCACCUGGACGAGGCAGAGUACGCUCUGCUUAUCGCUAUAAAUAUCUUUUCAGCAGACCGACCCAAUGUGCAGGAUCACGAUUUGGUGGAGAAGCUCCAACAGCCGUAUGUGGAUGCUUUGCAUUCGUACAUCAGGAUCAAGAGACCGAAUGAUCAUCUGAUGUUCCCACGUAUGCUGAUGAAGCUGGUCAGCCUGCGCACCCUGAGUAGUGUUCACUCUGAGCAGGUCUUCGCUCUGCGACUGCAGGACAAGAAACUUCCUCCUCUUCUAUCUGAAAUCUGGGAUGUCCAUGAAUGAAAUUAACUACAAAUGGCCAGCCCCAAGGAUAGUCAUUUCAGGGUUUUAUGGAUGAAGGGUACGGGAUCAUGCUCUCCUUCAGGCCCACUAACUUCCCUGGCCUUGAGGAGCUUGUUUUAUCUUCCUCUGGACAACUGAUUGUACUCUCCUGUGCAGGAUACAGUGGUUUGUGGUCGGCCUCCUCAGAAUCAGCAUUCUCAAGACUGUUUAAGGCCAUUCAGAAAUAUUUAGGGAUUGCACAUAGACAUUUUGGAUCCAGAUUCAUGCUUACUGGAAUGAAUGACUGUACAUUUAAGGUGGUUGAUUUAUAUAUAUAUUUUUUUUUUACAAUACCUAUUCCACUGGGAAAACUUGCAGCCCAUUUGAGCUCAAAUCCAGAGGGAUGCCUUCGAGAAGCAAAUGAAUGCAGUAAAUUAAUUAGCUAGCGGAAAGUCCGGCUCUAUACUGCAUGGGCAUAAUUUCUCCCUGCAUUUGGGGCCAAAAACCUGUCAUUUCAGACCUGGUUGUGGAGCAGUGCUCCUACAAAUGACCUUUUCGAGGAUAAUUUGAGAAACGUUUGAUAAGCCUCUCUCAUACAUCACCACUUUUGCUUUGAUAUGAGCUCAUAUUUACGCCUUUUCAGGGACAGUACAGGAAUAAAUUGGGAUAUAUGCAGAAUCAUUUUAGAGCAAUGUGAUCAUGAAAGCUAUAUAUAAGAAUUUAUAGCUUAUGUAAUAUGAAACAGGCAUUAUAGGAAGUUUCAUAUAGUUGAUGUGUCAGGAUUCUGAACUGAUUGUGUGAUCGGGAAUGACACAAAGCUUCUGCAUUGACUUGAUAAAGUCCUGCGAUUCCUUUGUUAAUGUCCAGAAAGUGUGGGCAUGGCUAGGUUAAGGCUACAUACAAUCUUGCGUUCACUGUCUAGAAGCAGUGGGAUGGUGAUGGUGCACAGAAUGCAAUCUCUGUUUCAUCUGAAAAUAAAAAUCCAGCACGUUACUUACAGGGAUUGGCAGGUGUCAGUAGACCUGUCAACAUAAACCAGUAUGCUGCUUACAAAAAACUACUGUAAAGUUGGGUUUGAGAAAUUUCAUGUGUAAAAUCUAUAACAUUGAACAUAGAUAUGGGUUUAUAACUUUUUUGUUUUAUGUCAACCAUUGUCAUUUCGUAACUGCUAGUAACAGUUUAUUAUACGGUAAACCCUUAAAGUCUUGACCUUGUGGCCUUCUCGGCAGUAGAUCCAGGUCCUAACGGUGCAAAAAGCAAAAGAACAGUACAAUGUAAUUAAUGGGUCUUCUGAACUAGGGGAUAAAUAUACAUUGUUUUUUUUUUUAUUAUUAAUGCUACUUCUUUGUCUGAAGCCACACUCUGGCAGCAUUCUCAUCUGUUGACCACUGCCACACCAAUUAAAACUGCUUAUUUAAUUAAAAAACAGGGUUGUUUUGCAUCACCCACUUUCUCUCAUCCUGCCCGGAGUUUUUGCUUGUUCAGCUUAUUCGUAGUAACCUCAUUGUUUUUGCUUUGCAGCUUGGUUGAGAAUAUCCUACUCUGUAUCCAAUUAGUCAGAUGAAGAGGAUUUCCACCAACAGUAUGUACCUAUAAUAUUGAGAAAAAGUAGCUCUUGCGAGAUCAAGUAGCUCUAAUAAGCGUCGGCGUUAUGAACAGUCUAUUAUAGCGUGAAGAAUUUGAGCUUUGUCUAAAUCCAGUGCUAUUCUCUGUAAAACAUUUCCAUGUUAUUUGUCUAAGAUUUUUUUUAAUUCAUCCCCAUUUAAACCUGGUCAUCUUGGGCAUCUUGUAACUGGACUGUAUCCACAUCAGAUUUUUUUUUUAGAUUGUCAGUAUGCAAAUUGGGGCAUUUAGAACUUUCGGUGUACCUCAGAUCAUGUCAUUUGUAUAAAAAAAUAUUAUAUAAAUAUAUCUCGGAUUAAUUUAAUUUAAUGCAUUUUUAUGUGGAUAAUCUGCAUCUGAAUAUAACCCUAGUACUAAAGAUGAAUAAAAUGCUCAAGUGUAAAUGGGGACUUUAAUUAUUAUAAUUUAUAUCCUCCUAUUAUUUAUGCUUUGGCCAUAGUGCCUUAGUGACAAAGUAAGUUUCCCAGUCCUGUUUUAUUCCAAACUCUUCAUAUAGGACUGGAACCAAAUUGGCAGUUGUAUGGAUAUUUGCUGGUUCUUACUGUAAUUAGUCAAACAUUUCUUUUGAUGAUUUGGCCCUUGGACUCGUAUGUCUCUCUUCUUAGCAUGCACUGUAAUAAAUACAUUGAAUUGUAACUCUAUUUAAUAAAAUGUUUUCUUCUUCA